CUCGCAACGUGCCACGUGGACAACAAAUUUGACCGGUACUCCACGUGGCGACCUUCUAUUGGUUGCAGACAAUAUGGACGAUUUCUCAAUCGGCGCCUCACGAGUCACGAACCCUUUUAAUUUUAUAUUUUAUUUUAUUUUAUUUAUUUAUUUAUUAUUUAUACUUUUCCUCGCGCUUCCCCCUCCCUUUCCCUCUCCCUUGGUUUCUACAGUUUUUUUUAAAUUUUUCUUUUUUUAUUUAUAUAUAUAUAUAAGACAAAGAUAUAUUCCUCUACAUUUAGGUGUUUGUUGCUUAGAUACCAAAUUUACGGCGCAUUCCAUUAAAAUAUUUAAGCACCAGGUGUCGGUUCUUGGAAAACCUUCGCUCACCGAAUUUGCUUACAUCCGAAAAUCGCAUUCGAAACUUUAAGACUUGUUCCGAUAGUUCGAAACAUGUUUCAUGAAUCGCGAAGCACAUUACUUUAAAAUCUCGUUCAUGGUGAUCUUCGGAAAUUAGAUGAUACGCUGAUCCAAAACAUCGUUUUAACAAAGUUUUAGGCCUCAAUAUUGUAAACAAGAUUCUGGAACGAGGUUCGAAAGUUAAGUCGACUAUAAUGUGUGAGCAAGAUCCUGAUGUUAGCCGGUGGGGUCUUCAUCUCCUCCAAGGUGACCUGUGCACCGGCGCUGAUCAAAACGGUGCUGGUAACUACGACGAAGAUCCAACCAAUGCGAAGUUUAGAGAAAAUGAUAGUACGGUUGAAAACGAUGAGAUUCUUGCGCAUGCUCUCCAGGAAGAAUUCUCGCGCGUCGCUAGUGCUGAAGCGUCUGGGCCUUCGUGCGGGGAUGAGCAGCAGUUGCAUGCCUCUGUUGUUGCCCAAGAUUGGCACGGCCAAUCGACUACUAAUUUAGCUUUGGGGAACAUGCGUGUUGGGGAAGAGAGGGAGGACCAGGAACUCCCGAGCUCGUGUUCGAGCCCUGAAGAAAAGUUCGUUGAAGGAGAUAUGUGUUUAAUAGAGAUUACGGAUUCUGCUUUAGAUAGUGAAGUAGGCAAGAGAUUGAACCAGAUGGUUCCUGUUCCUCAUGUUCCUAGAAUAAAUGGAGAAAUUCCUUCUGUCGAUGAAGCCAUUUCAGAUCACCAAAGGCUUCUUGAUAGGCUGCAGCUAUAUGAUUUGGUUGAACUGAAAGUUAGAGGAGACGGUAAUUGCCAGUUCCGAGCACUCUCUGAUCAACUUUACCGUACCCCUGAGUACCAUAAGUUUGUGAGACGACAAGUUGUCAAACAGCUUAAAUCAUGCCGCAAAUUCUACGAGGGAUAUGUUCCUAUGUCCUAUGAUGACUACCUGAAAAAGAUGUCCAAGAGUGGGGAAUGGGGUGACCAUGUCACUUUGCAGGCUGCUGCAGACUGGUAUGGUGUCAGAAUAUUGAUCCUAACAUCAUUCAAGGAUACAUGCUACAUUGAGAUACUGCCCAAUGUUCAGAAGUCCGAUCGAGUUAUUUUCUUGAGCUUUUGGGCCGAGGUGCACUACAACUCAAUAUAUCCUGGAGGAGAGAUGCCAACUUCAGUCACUAAGAAGAAAAGGUGGUGGCACUUGUGGUAGGGGUUUUAUUUCGGUGGAUCUGCGCGGUAAUUGAUUCACUAUGUUUCCCCUCAGAAACCGUCGCCGAGUAGAAGGAGACACAUUUAGUUGAUCUGCUGUUCCUAAUUAGAUUCAUUUGUUGUUCUUCAUUCAUUCAUUCAUUGUUACCCCGUUCUGUAAAUAUUAUAAAAUUAAUAUACAAAUUGUUCUGAGUCAAAUAAUAUCAU